UUUUCAGUGACAACACCAAAAUGUGGAAAAUCGCUUUGCUAUUGGCUAUCGGUUGCAUCUGUGUGGCUAGCCAGGCCACGACGAGGGCCCCGAGAGGCUCCGACGUUUGCCGGCGCCUGAACGAUCGGUGUCUGCGCAAUCAGGACCGCCUGGGAACUACCAACGAUGUUACGCAGAUCUAUAAUAGCAAUUGUCGCAGGAGUCAGGCCAACUGGCGCGAUAUCUCCCGAUGCGAUUUGGCUAGAGCCACCUGUCAAUUGACUAUAGUGCGAUGCGGGACACUCUCCUGUGACAAUGUGAGAAGAGCCCUUCAGUCCGGCCCAACCCGACGUCCAACUCGGCACACGCCACCCACUCCACGUACCCCACCUACGCCACGUACCCCAACUCCACGGACCCCCCGCCCCACACGAACUCCGCGCCCUACGCGAACUCCGCCCACACCGCGAACCCCAACUCCCCGCACUCCUCGCCCCACACGUACUCCCCGCCCUACGCGAACUCCGCCCACACCGCGAACCCCAACUCCCCGAACUCCUCGCCCCACGCGAACUCCUCGCCCAACGCCUACACCCCGCACGCCACGCCCACGGACCACUCUGCGACCCACUUCCACAGUGGCAUCUGAAUAAAAUAAUCACGGACAAUCACGGACACGGAUACCUCUGAAGACUAACCCAUUUUUAAAUCCUUUCAAUGAAAAACAAUAAACACUUCAAUGCUCUCUACUAC